GAUGUGCUCCCGUGGAUCUUGCCACAGUCGCGAGACCUCCUGUCACAGCUCCCACUCCUCCUGCCAUGACUCAGGGCCCUCCUGCCAUUCCACCUUCCAGAGGGAACCCGUGCCCCAGUUCCCCUGCGUGACGCCGUGCUACCCCCCUGUGCAGCACUACUGCCCCCCCGUGCAGACCUAUUGCCCCCCUGUGCAGCGCUACUGCCCCCCUGUGCAACCCUACUGCCCCCAGUACACCAAGAACAUCUGCAAGCUGCCGCCAACGUACCCCAAGUACUAGGAGC